CAUGAGAUGGUUCGAGAGCCUCACACGUGGCAAAGUCGACCUAGCUCACUCGCGCGUUUUUGGCUUAUUUAGCUGUUCACUGUUAAGAGACGGAUGACGGGCAAAGACCUGAAAUAUGAAGAAAGUGUUUACUGUGGGACAAAUAUCGGACUGGUUCACUUCGGGAGCCACGUUUGCAAACGUCAAACUCACAAAUGAAGUGGUUGAAAGAAAGCUCGAUGAACCAUCAUCGAAAGAGACGAGCACUGCUCCUGUCCUGCAGACUUUUUCCAGGAGAGUUAGUCGCACACUGCAAACUGACACAUUAGAGGUUGUUAAUGAGUGCAGCCCCAAGAAUGUAGACUUUGAUGAAGAGUCCCAAAGACAACAAUCUGCAAGGAGUACUGCUCUUCCUCCUCUUGCCAGCUACAAGUACCCCAGGUUGCCUGUAGCAAAGCACAGAAAGGAGUUGGUUUCCUUCAUAGAAAACAACUCUGUAGUGAUUGUCCAAGGAGCCACAGGCAGUGGGAAGACCACACAGCUGCCACAGUACAUUCUGGAUUACUACAAUGAGAAAAAUGGUUCGUGCAACAUUGUGGUCACCCAACCACGCAAAAUUGGGGCCAUCAGUAUUGCUCGAUGGGUUGCCACACAGCGGAAGUGUACCCUGGGUAGUCUGGUGGGAUACCAGGUUGGAUUAGAGAAGAUGGCUACUGAGCACACCCGACUCAUCUACAUGACGACAGGAGUGCUGCUGCAAAAACUGGUUACAGCCAAGUGUCUCACAGAGUAUUCCCACAUUUUUGUAGAUGAGAUUCAUGAGCGCUCUGAGGACGUAGACUUUCUGCUACUGGUUUUGAGAAAACUCCUUCAAUCCAACUCUCGUUAUGUCAAGAUCAUCCUCAUGUCAGCCACCAUUAACUGCAAAGAGUUUGCUGAAUACUUUGCCACCCCAGUUCGGGGCAAGAUGAGCCCAGCGUAUGUGUUUGAAGUGGAGGGGAAACCCUAUGCCAUUGAGGAGUUUUACCUGGAUGACCUCCACAGCCUGUUUCCAUUCACAGGUGCUUUGCCUGAUCCAGAUGACCCUCGAAUCUCGUUAGAGAUGUACAAUCUUGCCAUCUGUCUCAUUCAGAGCUUUGACGAGAUGGAGGGCAAUGAUUCCAGUAAAGUUGAGAAAGACGAUAGCCCUACUUUGACAGAGAGAGGCAGCGUGCUGGUUUUCCUUCCUGGUUUGUCUGAAAUAAGCUACAUGCAGGAGGCUCUGAACAAGCUGGUUCGCAAAAGAUUGCAGGUUCAUCCUCUUCACUCCACUGUGAUUCUGGAGGAGCAGAAUAAUGUGUUUUGGUCCCCUGUCCCUGGAUACAGGAAGGUCAUCCUUUCCACCAACAUCGCAGAGAGUUCUGUGACUGUUCCAGAUGUCAAAUAUGUCAUUGACUUCUGCCUGGCCCGUCACUUGGUCUGUGAUCAAGAAACCAAUUAUCAGUCCCUGCAUCUCACCUGGGCAUCCAAAACUAACUGCAACCAGCGCAAAGGUAGAGCAGGUCGAGUAUCUAAAGGCUUCUGUUACCGUCUUGUCACUAAAGAGUUCUGGAGAGAUAAAAUCCCAGAUUACAUGAUCCCUGAGAUGCUGAUUGCCCCCUUGUCCACCAUCAUGCUGAAGGUGAAGCUGCUGGACAUGGGAGAUCCCCGCUCCCUCCUCUCCACUGCUCUAUCACCCCCGGUCCUUGAUGAUAUAGUGAAGACAGUCCUCCAACUCAAAGAGAUGGGCGCACUGUCUGGAAAACAUGAUGACAGUCAGAAUGAGGAUGGAGACCUGACAUUUCUGGGUCGAGUGUUGGCCCACUUGCCUGUGGACCUCCACCUGGGGAAGAUGAUUGUCCUGGGCCAUGUCUUUGGCUGCCUGGAUGAAUGCCUCAUCAUAGCUGCCUCACACUCUUUGAAGAGUUUCUUUGCAAUACCGUUAAUGCAACAGCUUGCUGGGUACAGGAGCAAAAUGGCCUUUGCCCGUGGCACACCAAGUGAUUCCAUAGCUAUUGUCAAUGCCUUCAAGGCAUGGGACGCAUCAAAAAAGAGCGGGCAACUGAGACACCCAAAGGACGAGACGAACUGGGGAAAAGAGAACUUCAUUCAGAUCAAAAGGAUCAAGGAGGUUUCAGAGCUGUAUGAGGACCUGAAGAAGCGUGUGUCCCAGUUCAACAUGCAUGUGUCACUGAAUGCUCAGCCCUUGGGGAGUGAACACAGACAGAAGUUCAUUCUUCAGAUGGUCAUUGCUGGUGCCUACUACCCCAACUACUUUGUCCAAAGUGAAAUAAAUGAAGACCUGGCCUCCAGAGAACUGAGUGGCUUCAACCCCAGAACUACUGUGAUGUUGAGGAACCUCCCUCCAUACAGUUUUCUCUACUACAAGCAGCUGCAGUCUCUGUUCCGCCUGUGUGGACAGGUCAAAACCAUUUCCUUUGAGAGUUCCAGAGCAUACUUGGAGUUCUACAAGACGACUCAAGACUCAGCGGUGCUGCCUGAGGUGUCCCUUGCCCUUCUCUUGGGCCAGCAGGACCCUCCCAUGGAGCUCUCAGUCUACCCCACUGAAGAAAUAGAAAUCUGUGCUGGGAACAAUCCCGUAACUCACAUGAAAUAUGCUCGGGUGAAUGUAGACUUCCAGAGGCAGUCGGUCAGCCCAGUGGGAGUGUUGAGCAGCAGUAUUGACCCAGACAACAUACCCCCCAAACCCUUAUUUGUGGUCAACAUCACAGAGGUGGUGGAGGUGGGUCAUUUCUGGGGGUUCCAGGCAGACGAAGCCAGCUUGGAGAAGCAGCGCCAUCUGACAGCAGACAUUAACACUCGUACACUGAGUCCUGUGACCUUGGUGCCCUACCCCAACAUGCUGUGUCUGGCUCCUUACUCUGAGAUCAAUGAUCAGAGUCUGUACUACCGUGCCAAGGUCCUGCAUAAUCGUGGCAGUACAGUAGAGGUGGUGUUCUUGGACUUUGGGAACACAGAAGUUGUUGCCUGCAAAAGCCUCAGAGAGCUCCCUCCUGACCUCAUGUCUCACCCAUUCCAGGCCCAGGAGUUUCACGUUAUUGGAAUACGUCCAUCAGCUGAGUCCACGAUCCUGGGGAACCAGUGGAGCAGUCAAGCCCGCAACCGCUUCAUCACGUUGGUUAAGGGCCACUCUCUCAUGGUGUCUUUGUACUCUAUCCUACAUGGUGUCAUGCGUGUGCAGCUGCUCAUCAACACAGAGGCAACAAGCACCAGUGUGGUAGACGUGUUGGUGGAUGAGGGACAUGCUGUGGAGGCCAAAGAAAGCUUUGACUCUGAGCAAAACCAUGAGGUGCUGAUGUCCUUGUAUGAGGCCCUGAAAAAAGGUAAAUACGUCCCCAACAGUGCCAGCAGCUCCUGGAAGGAACAUAAGAAAGAGGAGAAGGAGCUCAUUGACAACUUGCUCACCCACUUCUCUCAGAGCCGGAAGCCUUAUUUAAAGAACAAGGUCCGUCUGCAUGGGCCAUACAGUCCUUACAAGAUCAACUUCCACUGCUUGAGCCAAAGGAUCCUCUGCAAGUCCGUGUGUGUAGAGAAGUGCAGCAUCAACUCACUGGCCCUGAACGAAAACCCUCACUCCAAACAUCAGAGGAUGCUGGUGGCUGGGACUAUAUCAGUAAACGUCACAGGUACACGGAUUCUCCUGAGGGAUACUUCCAUCAUGCCAGAUAUCCCGGGACUGCCUGCACUCCUUACCAUGCUCUUCACCCCUGUCAUGGAGUUACGCACUAAUGAAGAGCGGACAUGCUUCACUGGUGCCCUCUGUGGCUUGGGCUGGGACAGUCAAACACAAGAGAGCAUCCUACCAGACAAUGACAUUGAACUGGGCUUUGACUUCAGGUUUGACGUUAAGGACAUCACUGAGAUAAAUGCUUUACGACAAGCUAUAAACUGUCUGGUAUGUGAAGGGCCCAGUGGCACUCUGCACUUGGACUCCGACAGGAUCAGCCACCUCCAGGAGGACUGUCGUAGGCGCCUCAUAAGACUGUUCACCAGGUCACCCCCAAGGGAAGCUGUCGCCCCAGUCUAUUACAAGAAUCCAGGGAAAUGGAACCAGGUGGAUCCUUCUUUGAGGGUAGCGAUUGUGGAACCUGGAGGUGGACAGACAAGAGGUGUUCUCUUCCAGCUGCAUCCUUUCACUCUCCUCAACAGCUAAAAUGUCACUAAACUGAGUCUUCGCUUUGAAUUUUCUUUUAUGUUCAGAAGAGUGUGUGUAUGUGUGUGUGUGUAUACACAUACAUAUUUUUUUUAGGUUCAAAUGGGUUUGUAAGUGUUCUAUUAAAGAAGUGUUAAAGUUCAUUACUGAUUGUCCUGUACCAUCCUGUAUAGCUUGUUUAUAAUGUGCUUCAUCAGCAGACCAUUGAAAGUUUUCAAAAGA